AUAGAUACAAGACAUGUGAUAAAUAGAUACGAUAUAACUUGGGUUUUCGCUUCUCUCUUUCUCGUCCACAACAUAAGUAUCCCUCCUCUUUUAUAGCUAAAGAAGAAUUAUUCACUAUUUUCUUCCAUAGAAUCUCUCCAUUUUUAGGAUCCUUCUUCUUCAUCCAUUAGUCUCUGUUGAAUCAGAACCUCAACACAAAGGUCUGAAUUUUGAGAGCUAACCAAACAAUACUCGCGGUGAAUAACAAGAUGAUGGAGAUAGCUUAUCAGCCUCGGAUUGAUUCCGAGAUAGAAUCACUCGUCGAGAGAAUCAAUCCUCCCAGUGUUUGUGUAGACAACGACUCAGACCCUAAUUGUACACUCGUUAAGGUAGAUAGCGCGAAUAAGUACGGGAUAUUACUGGACAUGGUCCAGGUUUUAGCUGAUCUCGAUCUCGUUAUCUCCAAAUCUUACAUCUCAUCCGAUGGCGACUGGUUCAUGGAUGUGUUUCACGUGACGGACCAACUCGGGAACAAGCUCACAGACCGAAGCCUGAUUCUAUACAUUCAGCAGGCAAUAUGUUAUAGUAGAAAGGGAGGCAUCACAAAAGAGAUGCAGAGUAAUCUAAAACGUGAAGUGCAGCAGCGCCACGUGUCAACAGAGCACACGGCGUUUGAGAUAACCGGAAUUGACAGACCGGGUCUACUGUCUGAGAUCUCUGCCGUACUUUCCGACAUUGGAUGUCAUGUGACUGCAGCUGUUGCGUGGACCCACCACGAGCGAGCGGCUAUGGUGAUUUAUCUAGAAGACGGGUUCAACGGUGGGCCGAUUAUCGACCCAAUAAGAAAGGCCCAAGUGAAGGACCAUCUUGAUAUAGUCAUGGAGGCCCAUCAAAGAGUCGGCGAUGAGUCUCGUGUCGUCGUGAGUGUGGUCGAGGCUAAAGGAGCUCCGGUCGGAUGGGCCCACACUGAGCGACGUCUUCACGAGCUAAUGUACGCUGAGAGAGACUACGAGAACUGCUUUGGCUGCGACUGCUGCAGUGGAGACAGGUGUGAUGCGUUGUGGAGGGGAAGAUGCGAGAGGAUACACGUAGCGAUCGAAGCAUGCAAUGGUUAUUCAAUGGUGAGCGUUAAGUGUAGAGACAGACCAAAACUAUUGUUCGACACGGUAUGCGCGUUAAAGGAGUUACAAUUCGUUGUGUUUCAUGCCGUCGCUGGAGCAAGGGGCUCAACGGCGGAGCAAGAGUAUUUCAUAAGGAAGAAGAACGGGUGCACGUUAGAAACGGAAGGACAAAGGGAGAGACUAAGGCAUUGUUUGGUAGCUGCGAUAUCGAGACGCGCUUCACGCGGGUUCAAGCUUGACGUUCGGACAAAGAACAAGAUGGGUUUGUUGUCGGAUGUGACGAGAACUGUGAGAGAAAACGGUUUGUCGAUAACGAGAGCAGAGAUGAGUACUCAAGGUGAGAAUGCGGUUGGUUCGUUUUAUGUUGCGGGGGUGAGCGGUGGUGAGAAGGAUGCGAAUGCGGUUGAAGCGGUUGUAAGAGAAUUGCAUGGAGUGGUUGUGUCGGCGGUUAGGACAGUUGGGAUGGUGUCGACGAGGUUAGGUUCGUCAAGUGAUGUGGAGGAGGAAAACAGAGCUAAGUCGUCCAUCGGAAGAUUGUUAUGGUCGAAGUUGGAGAGGUUGUCGACGUCGAUAAGACGAUAAGAUCCUUGCGAAGUCUCCAGUUCUCUCUUUAUUUGUUCUCGGUUGUUCACGUGAUUUAUCAUUGUAAAUAUAGCUGAACUAGGAAUGUGUUUUCCUGAAUGAAAUGUAAUUAAAAGGGAUUGGAUUUAGUUUUGACAUA